AUGCGCUCAGACCACGACGACGCCCGCGUCGUCGGGAGCGGCAAGAACCGCGGAGGUCGCCAUGGCGCCGCGGACGGCGCCGUGCGCCUCAGGAGUCGCCCCCGCGACACAGGGGUCGACGCGGGAGUUACCUCCGAGACGCAGAAAACGAGAAAGGGGGGUCAGGCGCCCGCCCCUGCCUGCCAUGGGCCUGCGAAGCUCGGAGAGAUGGAGGCCCCGCGCGCAGAGGGGGGCUGGAUGGGGCGGCUCAAACAUAGGACAGCGGCGCGAACGCGGUCAAGCGGGCGAACCAGCACUGCACCAUCGCGGCUGCAGGGGGGGCCCGCCCUUAAGACGACAGACCCAUAA